CACAGUCUCCAGAUUGAAGUACUAAAGCACCCUAGGAUAUAUAUUUCACUGUGUGUUGUUGUUCUCAUAAUUUGCUUGCUAAAUAGCCAUGAGUCUUCUAACAAUCCUUGCCAUUUCUUCAAUCACAACCGCUUUGGCUGGGACUACACGGCAAACACAAGCUCAGCCGUAGCAUUCCAUACCGUUUUCCAUCAGAUGGCCACCACUGAACAUUCCUAGGGUCCCUCCGGGAUCUUUUAACCGACAACGACACUUACCUACCACAUAAUGACACCGCGAGAGAGUAAGGUCAUCCGCAGCCCUGGAUUAUAACUACAGAGUCACCAUGACGCGCAAUGAUAGUUGCGCAAUUAUACGCCGCUUCAACUCUACUCAAGCAACACACACCACCCUCUGCACCCACCUCACCGAACCCAGCAUUGCAAUCACCAAACAUGCUACAAUAUCCACGCAGACCCCGGAAGACGCUGACAGGAACCCCCAGACAGUCUCUUCCUUCGCUAGAGCGCCUCAGAAUAAGGCCCUGGAAAACAAAUUACAAAGAGUGUGAUUUUCUCAGCCGCGCCACCUUCCCACCCCAUUCACCGCAAGAUUAUCAAACAAAUCCGUUCUCAUACUGGGAAGAAUACUGGAAGCGUAUCUUCCGAACAAAUAAGCCGGAGUACAAUAAUCAUCUCGCCGCGAUGGCGUAUGAAUACACGGCGUAUCGUGAAUAUCACGCUGAGCCUGAUCGGUCUUCUGCCUGGGUUGUGGAAGCGGAAAAAUGGAUUGAUGGUAGAGGGCGUGAGUACUGUCGGAUGAUCCGGCAUACUAGUUGUGAGUAUUCUGGGGGCAGGACCUGCGGGUGGUCGAGACCUUUGGGUAUUGUAUUUGGGUUUGGGAUUGCUGUUUAUCUCUCUUGUGUCUUUUCCGGGACACCUCGGCUAUUGGGGAAGAACGGAUGCUGGAACAGAUCGUUCUGUUAAAGGUGAUCUAUCGAAGGUUAUCUCUUAUGGCUAUGUAGACAGGGUUACUGGCGUUCUCUUACAGCUUUUAUUUUCUCUCUCCAUCCAUACUACGUUCGGUAUCUUUCAUCAAACCUGAACUAAUCUCUCUCACUCUUCUGCCCCUCACUGAAUCAUGCUAGUUAUGCUAUG